UACAUAUUACACACAGCUAGCAGCUGUCCUGUGACCAGGCGGACCCUCACCAUAAUAUGCCACUCUGUUCAUCGCAGGAGUACUCUUCUGGACUUGUUAAGAAUGGGGGACUUUCAGCAAUUUGAUCAAGACUUCUACCAGUCUGAGUAUUAUAUUGAUAAUCAGGGGCAAGAAGCAUGUGGCUAUGAAGCAGCAUAUACCAGCCCAGAUUACCACAAUAUAGAUGAUGUGGCUGCUUACUAUGCCCCACCAACAGACCCACCUUACACUGGGAAGGUGUUCCAGCCUGGAGCUCCUCCGGGGGCUGCUGAGAACACUGACUGCUUUGAGGAAGAACCCCCAUUGUUAGAAGAACUGGGCAUUAACUUUGAUCACAUCUGGCAGAAGACUCUGACUGUGCUGAACCCAUUGAAGCCAGCGGAUGGGAGUAUCAUGAAUGAGACAGACUUAACUGGUCCUGUACUUUUCUGCAUCGCUAUGGGCAUCACUCUUUUAAUGGCAGGCAAGGCCCAUUUUGGCUAUGUGUAUGGUAUCAGUGCACUGGGCUGUCUUGGCAUGUGUACAUUGCUGAAUCUGAUGAGUGCAUACACCAUAUCCUAUGGAUGUGUGGCCAGUGUAUUAGGAUACUCCCUACUGCCAAUGGUGGCUCUCUCUGCCUUUGCUGUUGUUUACUCUCUACAAGGACUGUUGGGCACUUUGCUGGCCUUGCUUGUGAUUGGCUGGUGCAGUUUAUCAGCCUCUAAAAUCUUCAGCUCGACUCUGGAUAUGGGUGGACAGCAGCUGCUUGUGGCUUACCCCUGCGGUCUGCUGUAUGGAGUCUUCGCCCUGCUCACCGUCUUCUGAUGGUCCACGUGAUGAAAGCUCAGCAUGCUGUCAGCAAUGGUUAAGUGCAAAUAUCAAUAAAACCAAAGUUUGGUUUUAGAACCAACUUACAGUUACUUAACAGAUGUCAUUUGGAAACAGUUGUAAACUUCAGUUCAGCUAGUCCAUUCUGAAUUAAGUCUGACAUUAGCAAAUACAAAGCAGUGUUUCUUCCACUACCAUUUGAAGUCAUUAUAAGAAGCAAGAAACUCCCAAAUUUGCGAAGCUUCCUUGCUGGGACAGUAAGUGCAUUAGUAGUAGGGCACAAAACCAUAAUCUCAAACAUAAUCAGCCUCAAAUUAUUAAGUAGCUUACAUUUGUAAUAAUAUUGAACCAUCCAUAGUUAGCUUUAUUCAAGAACUUCUUAAAAGCUUUUCUUCUUGCUAAAUGUUCAUAACAAUGGCAGAUUGUUUGACAGAAAGUUUUUUAUGCUCCCAUCUUUCUGCUUUCCCCAAUUCUAAUACGACCUCUCUCUUAUGUUGCUGCUCAUGCACUGUAAUGUAAGAUGGAGGAAACCGGCACGGAAUGUUUAUUUUAAUAAAAUUCUGUUAGAUUGCAAGUAAUUUUGAGACAUAUUUAUAGUAUUAGACGAUGAAAGCUUUUGUGUUCUAUUUUCGUGAGUUUCUGACUGGUGAUGACUUGAAUAACCUUGAUAUUAUGAAGAUUCGCUGCACCACUUUGUAAAGGUUAUACUUACUAUUAACUCACUACUACUUUGUACACUUUUGUUGACUGUACAGUUAUUUCUUUUGCACUGUGGCCCGUAGCACAGAUGGGCCUAUGGUGACCAGGCCCUCUAAUGCUUUUACUGAAUCCGUUAUAUCGCUACUUGCACUCUUUUACUGCCAUGACUAAUAGGCAGUUACGCUAACUUAAUAUAUAUUAAGCAUUGGCCUAUGUUAGAGCACCAACAUGCUUAAGACAAAACAAUCAUGAGUAAGCAAGCAUAUUUCAUUGUCUUUUUUUUUAUUAAUUUAACCUUUUUUGUCCAUAAGA